CAGAGACACUCGGAGACACAGAGAGGACAAAGCAUCCCCGACUCCAGACUCAGCAUCACCAACAGACGAGCAGAGAUGAGGCCUCGGUCCAGACUGCCCCCCAAGCAGACGCUCCUCCUGCCCACAAUCACAGAGGGCACCGAGGAGCUGGCGAGAGAGAUGAACGACGCCAACGCGGACCGCGGCCGCCCGGUCGGCUCCUCCGAGGACUACCUCCUGUCCAUCUGCCACCUGGCCCACCCCACGUUCCCCACACGGGACCUCACGUCCCAUAGCAACCGAGACGGCAAGAUCGGUUGCUAUGGAGACGCAGACCCACUGGAGCACAUCUACGGUCAUCCCAACUGCAGCCUCCAGUGCGGAAGACGGCGUUCCACGUCCAAGGAACGAACGAGGGCGCACAGCGUCCCCAACACGUCCACUCCAGACCUGACCCAACAACGCAAACGCAGCUGCCCCGAGUUACACAACGCCACCCGAACUGGACCAAAGACGACAGACGCGACGGAGGAGGAACGGCCGCACCCCGCCGUCAAACCGUCCCUCAUUUCACAGUGGAUCUCGGACUGUAGGGCGGCGUGGAGAGAGACGCGUGCCCGAGCCUGUCUGCUGCCCGCCAUCGCCGAAAUAUGAGGCGUGGUCAGUGCAGAGACUCCGCAGAGAGACGGGCAGCUGAGCGCGUGGCCAGUGCAGGUAGACGGGAUGAGGCGCGUUCAGUGCAGGUAGACGGGAUGAGGCGCGUUCAGUGCAGAGAGACGGGCAGCUCCAGUUGUGGUGGGACAGUCCUGUUCUUAAUGAACCAAAACCACAUUAGCCAAAUGUCUUCACGUUGUGGACACUGUUAUUCUGACACACACGAGCAGAAUGUGACUCAUAUCAUGACAAUAAACACUCUCCUGUGUCUGUGCUGUUAAGCACACUACAUACAUGUUCACGUGUGGAAAAUGCAGAUUAUUUCAUGUUUUGAAACGUGUUUAGGCCGACACAUGUGAUGUCGAAAAGCUCUUUUUUUAAUCUUGUUUUGUGAACUUGUUAUAAUAAUAAUGAAUAAAUGUGUUUGAUACUUGGU